AUGGAUAAUGUUUCUGUCGUGAGAGUUUUCACUCUCGCAGGGAUAAAUGAGACAUUGGAGUCUAGGAUGGCCAUCUUCUCGCUCACUCUGAUUUAUUACUGUGUGAUUCUGUUUUUAAAUGUCUCUCUCAUUGUUAUCAUAGUGAUGGAUGAAACCCUGCAUGAACCCAUGUACAUUUUACUCUGCAGUGUUUGCAUUAAUGCAGUUUAUGGCACAACAGGCUUCUUCCCUAAGUUCCUUUUCGAUCUGCUGUCGCUUACUCAAGAAAUCUCGUAUGAAUGCUGUCUGUUGCAAGCUUUUGUCAUGUACUCCUAUGCUUGUUGCGAGUUGUCCAUCCUGGCCGUUAUGGCCUACGACAGAUAUCUGGCCAUAUGUCGACCGCUGCACUACAGCUCCUUCAUGACGAGGAGGAGGCUCUCUCAGCUGGUCAGUUUCUCCUGGCUGACCCCGUUCUGUGCUUUCUCCAUCAGUAUCCUGCUCACGUCUAGACUGGAGUUGUGCAGCUCCAAAAUUAGGAGGAUCUUUUGUGUGAACUGGAUAAUCGUUCAGCUUGCGUGCUCAGACAGCAACACCCUUGCAAACAGCAUCAUUUCAUAUGCGACGAUUGUCAUUUAUGUGUGCCACGGCUUCUUCAUCGUUUGGACCUACUUACAUCUUGUUAAGACGUGCACAAGGUCCAAAGAAGACAGGGUGAAGUUUAUGCAGACGUGCGUGCCGCAUUUGGUGUCUUUGGUCACUUUCUUGGUGGUCAUUGUUUUUGAUUUGAUGUACAUGAGGUUCGGCUUCAGAGAUUUACCCCAGAACCUUCAGAACUUCAUCGCUGUCGAGUUUCUCCUUUUUCCUCCGGUGAUGAAUCCUUUGAUAUACGGAUUCAAACUGACCAAAAUACGGAACAAAAUCCUAAGUUUAGUUUAA